ACGGUCAUGGUGCUGAUCCUGCUUGUGAUCAUCCCCACGCUGGUCCACAGUUCGAGAGCUGCAGCUCACUAUGAGAUGCUGGGGACAUGCAGGAUGAUCUGUGAUCCUUACAACUCCAACCCCAGCAACACGGCUGUGGAAGCUAUGCGGGAUUUCAGCGCUAUCCCUCCACCGCCCUUCAUCCAAGGACAGAAAGGGGAACCUGGACGGACGGGAAAGCCUGGCCCACGCGGUCCUCCGGGCGAGCCCGGUCCCCCGGGUCCAAGGGGCCCAUCGGGAGAGAGGGGUGACCCGGUAAAGGACGUGUACCCGGCGCUGAGUGGGGCAGCGGGGCCGGUGACUGGGGCGCUGAGCAGCACCGCCGUCACUAGUCCGAAGAUCGCCUUCUAUGUCGGUUUAAAGAGCCCCCAUGAAGGAUAUGAAGUGCUCAAGUUUGACGAUGUGGUCACGAAUUUAGGAAAUUACUACGAUUCCACCACCGGAAAGUUUACGUGCGCUGUACCCGGGAUCUACUUCUUCACAUACCAUGUCCUCAUGAGAGGAGGUGACGGGACCAGUAUGUGGGCAGAUCUCUGCAAAAACGGGCAGGUUCGUGCCAGUGCGAUUGCCCAGGACGCAGACCAGAACUACGAUUACGCCAGUAACAGUGUGGUGCUUCAUCUGGACUCUGGGGAUGAAAUUUAUGUCAAACUAGAUGGUGGAAAAGCACACGGCGGCAACAAUAACAAAUACAGCACCUUCUCUGGUUUCAUUUUAUACCCAGAUUAA